AAUUCUGACGUUUAAGGCAUCAGGAAGCAAGAGGAAAAAUAUGGCAAGAAUAUAUCUCAUAAAGCCAUAAAGAGACGAAGAUGUUCUUUUUUUAUUCGUUGGAAUCGGUUGAACAGAACGAUGGUCAGGGUCAACGACUGAUCGAUUUGACAUAGAAUAACUCAUACAGACGUUACGACGCUACAGUGACUCCUGAAUGCAUUUUUUUGGAUUCAUCACCACGCGGCGGGAGCAGCAGUAGCAGUUUCAAAUAGCUACAUAUAUAUUAUAUAUAUAGGACGGACGAGAGUAUGUAAAAAUGGCGGACGAAAAUGAGGAUCAGUGGUUAUACGGUGAUUCAAUUGACGAUAAACCCGAGUUUCCUGGGGAUCCAGAGAUCCAAAAUGAUCAGGAAGAAAGUGCAGCGGCUAAUGAAGGAGAGAAAUCAGUGCUUGAGGGAGAUGGAGCUGAGGAUAUUCCGGAGGAGGCGACCGGGGAACCAGAGCUCCAAUCUGAGGAUCCUGAAGUCUCCCUCAACGAGAACCCAGAUCCGGAAAAAAUAUCGCCAGAGACCACCGAGAACGGCACAAAAGAUCCCGACGAGGACCCAAGUGAGUCCGACUCGGACGAUGAUGUCCACGUGGUGAUCGGCGACAUAAAAUCCACCCCAGCAGCAUACAAUAGCUUAAACCUGAAACGAGGCAAUCUGAUCACCUCCUCAGGUGCCGACAACCUGAAAAAACAGUCAGGAAAGUUCAGUAUUGAUGACUUUGAGACGAUCGGUGUGAUAAAUGGCAUGCAGGCCCACGAAUUCAAUCUGGAUCAGCUGGAGGACAAGCCCUGGCGCCAGCCAGGUGCCGACAUAACCGAUUACUUCAAUUACGGCUUCAACGAGGAGACCUGGAGAGCUUAUUGUGAGCGCCAGAAGCGAAUGAGAAGUGAAUCCGGGGUGGGCUUGAUCCUGAAUGCUGGUGGGGGCAUUGGGGGUGGGGGUCAGAGCAGUGCGAGAGUUCCCCAAAUUUCAAUCACAAACGACAGCAGCAAGUAUUCAGGAAUAAUGGGGCCAAAACGAGCUGGACCACCCCCAGGACGAAAGAUGGGGGGAACUAUUGAUGUCAUAGGCAGUUCUGGGCUUGCGUCCAGGAGAAACCUGGAUAAGUCACCUCCCAAGGAGAAUGUCAUUCAGGUGAUGACGGCUGACAGGAGGGAGUACUCGAGGAAACCUGGAUUUCCAGAUAUGAGUGUCCCUCCACCUACUCCAGGAAUUCCACCCACCUUUGAUAUGCCUCCUCCAGGGUAUCCUCCAGAGCCUCCACCGUUUUAUAUGCCUGAACCUGAUCCUUAUUAUCAGAGCUAUGAACCAACACAGGACAGUCAGUGGGGGAGUGAUCCUACCUGGCAACCGACAAAUCUAGCAAUACCACUGACGGAACACGAGGAUAAGGAUGCAGGCCCAAAGACAAUUCCCACAAUGGUGCCACCAUUAACAAUACCUCCUCUGAUGGUACCACCUGGUCGUGAUCAGCGACCCGAUCCUCGGGGAACUAUCGACAGGGAACGCAGGGACAUGGCGGACAGGGAGGUCGACUCCACGGGCAAGGAGAGGGAUCGGGAUCGUGGAGAACGAGACAAGGACUCUGCUGUGAGGGACAGGGAUAGGGAUCGAGACUCCGUUGCCAAGGAUGAUGAUAAGGAUCGCGAUAGAUCAAGAUCCCAGUAUCGACAUAAAGAAAGACACAGACAUCGAUCAAGAUCUCGUUCACGUCGUCACAAAUCUCGAUCGAGGAGCCCCAGUCGUCGUAAGAAGAAAUCCAGACGCUCAGAUCGUGAACGCUCCAAAGAAGACAGCGAAUGAAUUAUUUCUCUUGUAUAAAUCCCGCUAAAUAUUUCCAACAUGUUUGUACAAAUCCAAAAAGUUCAAGUAAUAUUCAACUGAACAACAAAAACGUGAGCAUCAAACAACGCAUGGAGAAUUAAAAUAACAAUAAAGAGCAAAGCACUAUUUUUCGGUGCGUAAUGUGUA